UAUUACCAAUUGGAGCAAAUGCUACUUCAAUUAGGUUCAAGAAAGGCGUUUAUGUUGCUCUUUUUUUCUGUCACUUUGUUUAGUGGAAUCUUACUAGAAAAGAACUAAGACAUUAGAUAUUAGUUGAUUCACUUUGUCAUUAAAUUCUACUUCAAAUCAACUGACCAUGAAACAUAAAAGUGAGUAUCUAGUUCGCAGGUUUUGUCAUUGUUCUAACUCAAGGAGAAGGGACUUCUGUUGGAACAAAUUGACACAUUCAUUGAAUUUAUCAGAUUCCGAAAUUGUGAGAUCAGAAGUUAAAUUCAUCAGGUCCAAUUUCUAAACCUUUAAUCUUCCUUGUGCUGCUGCUUCUUCAACAGUUUUAUAGCUUCCUGAGAUGUGAUGGAUGGUGGAAACUUUGGUUUCAGGAUUGGUUUAUUCCCUGCAUCAACCAGGAGACUCUUUUAGUGUAAAUUUGCAGGGAUAACUUGGGUGCUCUGCCUUGCUCUUUUUCCUUCUAAUCAGCAUAUGUUUCCUUUUCUUCUUCUGCCGCAGAUAUACUUCCCAUGCCGCUACUAUGCUAUUCCUGGGUGCUUCUGGUCUCUGAGGAAAAGGAUGAUUCAAAGGCCUGAAUAAUAGCAAACCCGAUCUUGCCCACCAGGAAUGAAGUUCUUUAAUUUAUUUCCGAAUUAUUGUUAAGUAUGUUCCUUCGUUACCUUUCCUGAAAGAAAAGAACAAAACUAAUAAAACUACAAACAAAAUUUCACAAAAAUAAAGCUGAGAUGAACCAUAAGCUUAUCUCCAUUUGUUCAAUUUGCAGCUUUGAUUAAAAAUGGCAACAUCGAUGGGUAAAGGCAAGGCAGUUGAGUCUGAUCCUUAUAUUGCUUUAGGAUUAGAUGAGUCUGGUAAUUGGGUUCCUGGAGCUCCCAGAGUUUUGUCACUUCUGUCUUCUGUUCUUGAAAGGUCCAUUCAAAGGAAUGAAAAAUUACUCCAAGGAUCGAAAAGGAAGGAUGUUGUUACCAUAUUCCAUGGUUCAAAGCCACCUGCCUUGAGCAUUGGACAGUAUAUCGAACGCAUCUUCAAGUACUGUAAAUGCAGCAAUUCUUGCUUUGUUGUUGCCAUCAUAUAUAUUGACAGAUUCCUGCAACGAAUGGAUGCUUACCUUACUUCACUCAACGUGCAUCGUCUCCUGAUUACAAGUGUUAUGGUGGCUGCAAAAUUUAUGGAUGACCAGUGUUAUAACAAUGCAUAUUACGCCAAAGUGGGAGGAGUUAGCACAGAAGAAAUGAACGGAUUGGAGAUGAAAUUCUUAUUCAGUUUGGAUUUUAGACUUCAUGUCACAACCGAGGUCUUCAAUAAGUAUUGCUUGAAGAUGGAAAGAGAAGGUGAUGUAGGCUACCAAACCGAUCAGAAAAUUCAUGGCUACCGGCCGAAUAAAGAUGACCGCAAACUGCCCGUCAUGGAGGCAGAGACCACCACACAACAAAACAAUAAGCAUUGCAACAAAAUGAUGAAAAAUCUGUAG